AUGUCUGCCGCCAUGGACCGCGGCACAUCCCAUGGAGCUUCGGGUGACGACACAAGCUACCCACACAUUCAAGAUGUCAAAGGAAUCACUACCGGCAUCGAUGACGAGCCUGUGAGUGCAUCUGCAGGCGUCGCUCGUCAUCAAGGCAGCCGUUUACCGAAAAUGACGAAAUGUGAGCUGCCUUCCAUUGACAAGCUCACCGGCGAAGAAACAGACUCGUCGGACUGGGUGAUGCUGGUAGAGAACUCUCUCCAGCCCAUGAUGCUUGGAGGCCUCAUAGACGCUAAGAUGCCAAGACCAAAAGAAGAUGAUCCGCUCUACCGGAGAUGGAACUUCUGUUCCUCAUCUGUAGCCGCAUGGAUGUACCUCCAGGUUGACAAGGGAAAGCAUGCCGAUCAGCUCUUCGAAGAGCUAGUGAGCUAUGCUCAAGAUGGAGACCCCUCGGGCAACGUCCUGCUCGAUGUUUUUAAGCUGUAUGACAUGAAGAGAGAUCACUAUGGCUCAGCCGAAGAGUACAUCAGUGACUACCAGAUACAAAUGAACAUACCGCGUCGAUCCAAAAUUGCGCCGCCAGCAUUUAUCUCAGUCGGAAUCAUGGUCCGAGAGCUCCAAGAUGAGCUUCCGAACAUGGUCUUUAUGCGCGAAGCAUUGCGGAAAGUGAAAGAACCCCACGAAAUUACCCACGAAGACUUCGACAAGAAUGCAAAGAAAUGA